CUGGCGGGCGGUGCUGGGAGCGCGGCGCUCGGCUCGGCUCGGCUCUCGGAAGUCGGCGGGUGACCGAGGCGGCGGCUGCGGGUCCCGGAGGAGGAAAUACGUGCAAAAAUGGCUCUUUAUCCAUCCCUUGAAGAUUUGAAGGUAGAUAAAGUGAUUCAGGCUCAAACUGCCUUCUCUGCUAAUCCUGCCAACUCAGCAAUUCUGACAGAAGCUUCUGUUCCCAUCACUCAAGAUGGAAAUCUCUAUCCUAAACUGUAUCCAGAGCUCUCUCAAUAUAUGGGACUGAGUUUAAAUGAAGAAGAAAUACAAACAAAUUUGGCCAUGGUCCCUGGAGCACCAGGUCAGGGGUUGGUAGCAAGACCUUCCAGUAUGAAUUACAUGGUGGCACCUGUAACAGGUAAUGACGUCGGAAUUCGUAGGGCGGAAAUUAAGCAAGGGAUUCGUGAAGUCAUUUUGUGUAAAGAUCAAGAUGGAAAAAUUGGACUGAGGCUUAAGUCCAUUGAUAAUGGUGUAUUUGUUCAGCUAGUUCAGGCUAAUUCUCCAGCCUCAUUGGUUGGUCUGAGGUUUGGUGACCAGGUGCUCCAGAUCAAUGGUGACAACUGUGCAGGCUGGAGCUCUGAUAAGGCACACAAGGUACUCAAGCAGGCUUUUGGAGAGAAGAUUACAAUGACCAUCCGCGACAGACCUUUUGAACGGACAAUUACUAUGCAUAAGGAUAGUAGUGGACAUGUUGGUUUUAUCUUCAAAAGUGGAAAAAUAACAUCCAUAGUGAAAGAUAGUUCUGCUGCCAGAAAUGGUCUUCUUACUGAACAUAACAUCUGUGAAGUCAAUGGACAGAAUGUCAUUGGAUUGAAGGAUUCCCAAAUUGCAGAUAUACUGUCAACAUCUGGGACUGUAGUUACCAUUACCAUCAUGCCUGCUUUUAUCUUUGAGCAUAUUAUUAAACGGAUGGCGCCGAGCAUUAUGAAGAGCCUGAUGGAUCAUACCAUUCCUGAGGUUUAAAAGCCAUGCGGAGCAUAAACCUUGCUGAGCUUCUUCAGUUUCCUUCUUUGGCAACUUCUGCAUCAUGCACCCGAAGCUUUCCUGGAGCCAGGGAGCACAUGCUGCAUGAGGGCCUUUCUCUUAUCUUACAUCAUGGCUGGGAAUCUUCCUGUUUCAUCCAGUAGUCUCAAUUCCAAGAUAGUUGUAGGUUUAUCUUGGUUUUACAGAUGUGAAACUUUCAAAAGAUUUACUGACUUUCCUAGAGUAGUUUCUCUACUGGAAACCUGAUGCUUUUAUAAGCCAUUGUGAUUAGGAUGAUUGAUGCAGGCUUAGCUGUAUGAGAACCAGUCUCUUUUCUCCUAUGUAAAGUGUAGUGCUCAUAUUACUUCAGUUCUAUGGUAUAUUUGCAUUUUUAAUACCUAUCAGUACAUUUAGGAUGAUUGCCUUUGAUUGUUAUUUUUAAAAUUCUUUCUCUUUGUAUGUGUGUGCAUAAAAUUUCAAUUAAGCAACAAUAGUUUCAUCUCAUGUAAGCAUUAUACAGUGUAUGUAGGUUGCAAGAGAUUGUGAUGACUGUCAUUAAGUCUUAACUACCUUCACUUAAUAUGCUUCAGCUGUCGCCUUAACUAUGGUAAUCAUCUAGAAUACAAGCCAAAAUAUUACUGCUGCCUUUCUAAAACUCACAAUGCUAGUUCCAGGUCAAACUAGUAUACACCAGCCCAGAACAGUUCUGGUGAUUGGUAUGUACUGAGCUACAACAUAGCUGGCUAGGUAUAUUUGAGAUUUUCUAGUCAUUGCAUAAUGGAAACUUCUAAAUGUUGCCGUAUCACUUUCUGAGAAAUCAUUAUAUAUUUAAUGUAAAGAUUCUUACACUAAAAAAUAGAUUUUGGACUUGCUUUUUUCACUUGUAGAGUAAGUGGGUAAUACUUAAUUUUGGCAUAUGAAUUAUAACAUUAUGUAACCUAGACUUUGGGAUAGAAUGUUUUUCCUGAUGAUUUUCAUUUUUCUGACUCCUCCCUGCAAUCAAAAUUGCAUUGACACUUUAUCUUGAUAUUUUUUUUUUGUUUAUA